AUGGCUGAAAAGGUCACCAUAAUGAGGCUCGAGGUUGAUCUUCAGUGCCACAAAUGCUACAAGAAGGUCAAGAAAAUUCUCUGCAAAUUCCCUCAAAUUCGAGACCAGGUGUAUGACGAGAAGCAUGGCAUGGUGACCAUCACGGUGGUAUGCUGUAACCCUGAGAAGUUGAGGGACAAGAUUUGCUGCAAAGGUUGUGGUAUUAUCAAAAGCAUUGAAAUCCUCGAACCUCCCAAGCCCAAACCACCUGAGAAGCCCAAGGAACCCGUGAAGCCGAAAGAGCCAGAGAAACCGAAAGCACCAGAAAAGCCUAAGGAACCUGAAAAACCAAAGGCACCAGAAAAGCCAAAAGAGCCAGAGAAGCCGAAAGAGCCAGAGAAGCCAAAGGUGCCAGAGAAGCCAAAGGUGCCUGAGAAGCCGAAAGAACCAGAGAAGCCCAAGGCUCCCGAAAAGCCCAAGGAAAAUCCCCCACCCCCUCCGAAGCCUGAAAACCCUCCCCCGGUGGCGGUGGGUCCGCCAGCGAUGCCGGUGUGUCCGCCAGCGCCAGUUCCGCCGCCGAUGGCGGUUCCGAUCGGAGUAUGCUGUGUACCAUGCUAUGAAGGUCGGGAAGGUGGGCCGUGCUUUCAUGGGUACGGUGGGCCCCCACCAUGUUAUGAGGCUUAUUACGGAAGACCUGUUUAUGACAGUUACGGUGGGGGCAGGCCUUGUUACGUGAGCCGUUGCGAUGAAUAUUUCUGCGAAGACAACACCUCUGCCUGCUCAAUUAUGUGA